UAAUAUUUAUAGAGUAUUUAUUAUUUAGAAUAUUAGAUAAGUAUUUGAGAAUAGGAAUUCGCAUAGGUUGAUAAAAAAUGAAAAAUUGAUUAAAUUAAAUUAUUUAAUUCUUGGAUAUGUCAACUCCUCAAAUAAAAUCAAAAUUGGUUCAAACAUUUGGAAGAAAGAAGAAUGCUGUAGCAAGUGCAAGUGUUAGAGAAGGAAAGGGUAUUAUAUAAGAUUAAAAUAAGGUUUGGUUAGAGUAAAUGGAGCUCCAAUUGAAUUAGUCAAUCCAGCCCCAUUGAGAUAAAAGGCUCUUGAACCAUUAUUACUUCUUGGUUAAGUCAGAACAGGUAGAUUAGAUAUCAGAGUCACUGUUAGAGGUGGAGGAAGCACUGCUUAAAUUUAUGCUAUUAGAUAGGUAGAAUCAGCAAUCUUAAAUAUCAUUAGGCUAUUAGCAAGGGUAUCGUUGCUUACUAUCAAAAAUAUAUUGAUGAAACUUAAAAGAGAGAAAUCAAAGAUCUUUUAUUAUAAUAUGAUAGAACACUUUUAGUAGCUGAUCCAAGAAGAUGUGAGCCAAGAAAGUUCGGUGGUAAGGGUGCUAGAGCUAGAAGAUAAAAGAGUUAUAGAUGAAAAUUUUAUAUCAUAGUACAUUAAAAAAUAUAAAAUAU